AUGGACAGUCCGACAACUAAGCAACCAUAUGCAGUUAGACAAAGAGAUUGGCAUGAUGGACUAUUUGACUGUACAAAUGACUGUAAUUCAUGUUGGCUUGUGCUUUGCUGUUAUUCCUGUUACAUGUGCUACAUGUAUCGUCGAUAUGAUGAAUGUUGUGCAACCCCAUGUUUUAUUAUAUGCCCUGGUUUCACGUUAAGAGCAUACCAUCGAGCUAAACAUAAUAUACAAGGUACUUUGUGCAAAGACUAUCUGAAGGAAUACUUUUGUCCAUUGUGUUCAGCCUGUCAAUUAGAUCGUGAUAUGAAGUAUGUGGAAGCGACUAGUGGGAUACUAAAUGUUUGA